UGUAUUUGACAUUUUAUCUACAUACGCCAUUUUUACUUGACGCGUCAACUUGUUAACAUUAGUUUUAUUGUGUGUCUGAAAAUUAAAAUAAAACUAAACAAAUUUUUUAUUACUUACAUAAAUCGAAACAAAAAUUCAUAUAAAAUGAAAAUGUCCGGACGUAAAACAAGCGCUGCAUAUGAAUUGUAUGGUUUUAUACCAAAAGUGGAAAAUGGCAAACAUGCAGCGAUUUGUACGUCGUGUAAUCGUGUAUUACAAAAUACGGCGGCUAUACGUUUACAAAAGCAUAGAAAUUCUUGUUUAGCUGCUCGAGCUAAUGGUGGGGAUCCUGUACAUUUUCCAAAUUUAGAAAUAAAGAAACGCAUAACACUCAAAACUGAUGCAGUGGUGCAGCAAAAUGAAAACAUAAAUACAAAUGUUAAAACGGAACAAAGUAAUAUGGAAUUUGAAGAUGCAACUAUUAAUGAUAAUGCAAAUGAUAAUACAACCUAUGAUGAUGCCGUAGAGGCUACAAAUACCGCAAAAAGAUUAUGCAAAACUUCAAUACGUGAAACUCUACAUAAAACAAUUGAGUCCUCUCAUAAUGGGGUACAAAAUGAAAAUCCUUUACAAUCACCUAUUACCACCACACAAACUCCCCAUCGACCAGAACCAUUUGAAACUUAUCAUACUACAAAUACCUCUGCUCUCGAUAUGACUGCUGAUGAUGACGACAAUGAUGAUGAUAUCGAGGAAGUCAAUGAUGAGGAUUUAAUUAAUAUCGAACAAGAACUUGAUGUAAUACAAAACCUAAUGCCACGUUCUAAAGAAUCGAAACAAUUACAGGAUGAAUUGUCUAAAGCUGAAGCGGAAUAUUAUCGUAGCAAAGCUGCCUACUUUAAGAAGUUAUCAGAAAAUUGUAAUGUCAAGAGAACUUUAAUGUUAUUGGAAUCGCGUAAAUUACAAUUGGAAAUCGAAAGGCUUACCAAUGAAUCGUAGUUUAAUUUUGUUAAUUGUUUUAAGUUUUAGUUUAAAAGCUAGUUGAAUGCUAUAAUAUUUUUUUAACAAUAAUUAAAUUAAACAUUGUCUCCCAAGGUUGAUGAUGGAAUUUAAAUAUAAAAAUUAUACUACUGUUAAAAAUUAUCAAAAGU